AAGAAGAGAUAGGGGAAACAACAGAAAAAAGAAAAACUCAAAUUCGAGGUAAACAUCAACUAUGAAUAACUUAUAGAUUUGCUGCACAAAUAAGCUUUCCACAUUAGACAGUUCAGUUCUCUCUCUGCAGAUUCGAGUUGCGCUAUUUUCUCCAUCCCAUUGCUUGACUCUGAAACAUUCUAUUACAGUUACAGGAGCUGAGAGACAUUGUGUAGCGGAAAAGGGAAGAUGCCUGCACAGAAGAUUGAAACGGGUCACAAUGACAUAGUUCAUGAUGUUUCCAUGGACUAUUAUGGGAAACGUGUGGCCACAGCAUCAUCUGAUAUGACCAUAAAAAUAGUUGGAGUCAGCAACAACUCAACUUCACAGCACCUUGCCACUCUGAGUGGCCAUACUGGUCCUGUUUGGCAAGUUGCUUGGGCACACCCUAAAUUUGGCUCAAUCCUUGCUUCCUGCUCCUAUGAUGGAAAAGUUGUAAUCUGGAAGGAAGGCAAUCAAAAUGAGUGGACACAAGCUCAUGUUUUUAGCGACCAUAAAUCGUCGGUUAACUCUAUUUCAUGGGCUCCUCAUGAACUUGGGCUAUGCUUGGCUUGUGGUUCUUCUGAUGGUAGUAUCUCAGUUCACACUGCUAGGUCAGAUGGUCUUUGGGACACUACAAAAAUUGACCAAGCACAUCCAGUUGGGGUAACAGCAGUCUCAUGGGCGCCAUCAAUGGCUCCUGGUGCUUUAGUUGGUUCAGGUGUUCUUGAACCUGUUCAGAAGCUGGCAUCCGGUGGCUGUGAUAACACCGUGAAGGUUUGGAAGUUAUAUAAUGGUGUUUGGAAGAUGGACUGCUUCCCUGCACUACAGAUGCACACUAACUGGGUGCGGGAUGUAGCCUGGGCACCAAACUUGGGACUUCCUAAAUCGACAAUUGCUAGUGCUUCAGAGGAUGGUACAGUUGUCAUAUGGACUGUGGCGAAGGAGGGAGAUCAGUGGGAGGGAAAGGUUCUUAAAGACUUCAAGACUCCUGUUUGGAGGGUUUCAUGGUCUCUAACCGGAAACUUGUUGGCAGUGGCGGCUGGGGACAACGAUGCUACAUUGUGGAAAGAAGCAGUUGAUGGGGAGUGGCAACAGUUCACUUCUGUCGACCAAUAGAAUCCAAGUAAAAAAAUUUAUUAGCUCAAGCGAGGACUAGCCUUUUGGUUUAAGUUUUACUCUCUUUAUUUGGUUUUACUUGAUCCUUUUGUUUGUAUUUGGUACAUGUGAUGAUCAAUCUGCUAAAGCUAAGGGAGUUGCAAAAAGUUAGUUAUAUACCUUUUUUUUAAGUUUUGGCCAGUGCUGGUAUGUCCUAUGUUAUACUGCUUUCUGAAUACACUCCUAGAGUAAUUUUUUAUUCCUCUGCCCCUUGUUAAUUUUAUUAGUACGGACUUAUAAUUUGUACUAAUUCAGAAUCUAGGUUUUAUUUGCUGAAUUU